CUUGCCACCAAUAGAGCGCCAGGAAUUGGAUGAUUAGCGAUGAAGUGUGGGUCUGCAGAGUGCAAUUUCUCCUUUUGUUGGUUUUCUGGUUAAAGGACGAACGUAUCAGUUUAGAGCUCUAAAAUCAUGGAGAAUUCUGAAGAAUUGGGACUCCAAGAGCAACCGGUGGUUCUCAUCACCGGCUGUUCUCAAGGAGGAAUUGGACACGCGCUGGCACGCGCAUUCGCCGCCAACAAGUGUACGGUGGUUGCCGCAAGCAGGUCACGGUCAUCCAUGGCCGACCUGGAGCAAGAUCCCAGGUUCUUCUUGCAGGAGCUCGAUGUUCAGUCAGAUCAGAGCGUCCAACGAGCGGUGAAGAAUGUUCUGGACAAGUAUGGCCGUGUCGAUGUUUUGGUGAAUAAUGCCGGAAUUCAGUGCGUUGGUCCACUUGCCGAGGUUCCUCUCUCCGCCGUCCAGCAAACUUUCGAUACCAAUGUGUAUGGUUCAUUGAGAAUGGUUCAAGCUGUUGUUCCACACAUGGCGAAUAGGAAAAAGGGGAAGAUCGUAAACGUUGGUAGUGUUGCUGCUAUGGCCGCUGGACCAUGGUCAGGCACUUACACUGCUUCCAAAGCUGCUCUUCAUGCUUUGACUGAUACUCUCAGAUUGGAACUGAGUCAUUUUGGAAUUGAUGUUGUGAACGUUGUGCCCGGAGCUAUCAAGUCAAAUAUUGGGAAUUCUGCAGUAGCCAGCUACAACCGAAUGCCUGAAUGGAAGUUGUUUAAGCCAUUUGAAGCAGCGAUUCGAGAGAGAGCUCAUUUUCCACAAAGAUCCAAGUCCACCCCUACGGAUGAGUUUGCUAAAAACACUGUGGCCACUAUCCUCAAGAAGAACCCACCUGCAUGGUUCUCUUCUGGUCACUACUCAACCAUCAUGGCUAUUAUGUACCAUAUGCCAAUCUGUGUUAAGGAUUUUCUUUUGAGGAAAGCAAUGAAUUGUUGAGCUUCAUGUUGGUUUUGAUGAGAAGAACAUUACCCAAAAAAGAGACAAAUUAUGCAGAAAAUAAUUAUAUUGGAUUGAGGAUUAGAAAGGAUAAUAUAGACUGCUUUAAAUGGCAUUGCCUUUCAUUAAUAAUACAGGCCGCAUUUGUACCUCUUAAA